AUGACCAGAAUAAACAUGAAAAUAUUGAAGCGUGUGAAGUAUGCGAUAGAGGUAUGCCAGGAAAUUAACAAAUUGAGGUUUGUAGUAGCUUAUUUGCAUUGGGAGAAAGUCAAUGUAUACACAUUUUGUAUUUGCAUUUGCGAUGGCAUUUGUAUCAGUAAUCUGUAUUUUGCAUCUCCCCAUUUCAGUGAGCAGCCGAUCUUCACGUGCAAGGCGCACGUGUUCCACAUAGAUCCGAAGACCAAGCGGUCUUGGAUGAGCGCAAGCUCGGCCGCCGUCUCGGUCUCGUUCUUCUACGACUCCUCGAGGAACCUGUACCGCAUUAUCAGCGUUGAGGGGACCAAGGCGGUGAUAAACAGCACGAUAACGGCAAACAUGACGUUCACAAAGACCUCUCAAAAGUUUGGCCAGUGGAGCGACGUACGCGCCAACACCGUCUAUGGACUUGGGUUCGCUUCAGAGGCUGAGCUUGGAAAGUUCAUAGAGAAGUUCCAAGAAGUGAAGGAAGCGAUCCAGGCGCAGUGUGCGGGCGGUGGCAAGAACGUGGCCAACGGCAACAGCGGCGCCGCCACGCCUGUGGCCAGCGCCACGGCCAGUCCGUUGCUGGCUGGAAGGGCCGCGCAGCCCGACGAGCCGCCGCCGCAGCCUACCAAACCGGAGAACGAUGAGAUGAUGGUCCACCAAAGAGCUCAUUCAGUCUCCUCCGCGCUCCAGGGCGGGUACGCGACGGUGGGCCGGCAGCCGCGCGGGCCGCCGGCGCCGGCGCCGCCCGAGCCGGCCGCCGACUCCGCCGAGCAGCAGCUGCGCUACGAGAACGACCGCCUCAAGCUGGCGCUGGCACAGAGCUCGGCAAAUGCUAAGAAAUGGGAGGUAGAGCUGGCAACGUUGAAAAGCAACAACCUACGACUGACUGCCGCAUUGCAAGAGAGCACCGCGAACGUCGACGAGUGGAAACGGCAGCUGCAUCAAUACAGGGAAGAGGUGGCUCGUGCAAGGCAAUAUGCUGGGAAAGGAGGCGACGCCAACGAGGUAGAACAGUUGAGGCAGCGCGUGGCACAGCUCGAGGCGGAACUCGCUCAGAAAAACGAAGAACUGGCACAGAUCACCAAGUCCCGGAAGAGUGAACAGGAUGCAGAAGCGAAACUGGCCCAGAGCCAGCUGGAGCUAGCACUUGCCGCGCAGGAUGGGCAGCGGCAGGUGGUCCAGGCGCUUAACGAUCAGCUGGCCAGGCAGAUUGACGAGCUGACAACGAUUCACCGCGAGAUAAACACAGCAUUGCAAACAUGAAACAACGCGUUCGUGCAGCCGCCGCCUAUAUACGCUAGCAUCCGAAAAGACCGGCGCACCCCCACCAACACCCUGCCAUUGCUGCUGCGCGACAAGUCUGAACGAAACGAGCGGAACGAACGAAGCGAUCGAAGCGAGCGGGGUGAUCGUGCUGAGCGCGGCCAGGGCGUCGGGGCGGCGGCGGGCGAAGAGCCAACCUAUGUAACGGUAAAGGCGAAAAAAUGAAAAGUGCUCUCGGUAUUUCGCAAGGUGCAUGAGUUUUUUUAAAUUAUUUUUAACAUAUUUGGUAUGAAUAGAUUUGCAAUCUUUUAGAAAAAAAAUCUGAUCGUGCUGUGACUCUUGCGUCAUAGAGAAUCGAUCGGAGCGCUGCGACC